AUGGGCAGUAUAGACCAGAGCAGCUCGGUGUUUUCGCCCAUCAAAGCGAUCCCGUAUGACGAAGCGUAUCGUGUGACAGCAGCAUUGGCUGCAGACAAGACCGCCGACAAGGUUGAUCUGGGCGCAGGCGUGUACAAGGCUGACGACGGAAAAUCGUGGACAUUGCCAUCUGUAAAGGAGGCAAUUUCCCGACUUCCAGAUGACCAUACCUAUAUCCCCCAAGCAGGUUUGGCUCCAUUCAUCAAGGGUGCCCAGAGUCUCCUCUUUGGGGAACUGUCAGAAGAGCAACAGUCACGAAUAAGCUCUAUUCAGACAGUCUCAGGAACCCAUGCCUGUCACGUCGGAACCAUGUUCUUGAUCAAGAACGGACUCAAGCCCAAGAACGUCUUCAUCUCAGAUCCAUCGUGGAUGAACCAUGCUCUCAUUUGGGAGUGUGCAGACUCGAGUAUCAACCGCAAACUCUAUCCUUAUUACCAUGCAGCCACAAAAUCCCUUGAUUUUGAAGGCAUGACAGCCUGCCUCGAGAAUGAAUCUGUGCCGGGGGACGUUGUCAUCCUGCAGACCUGUGCCCAUAAUCCAACGGGGCUCGAUCCAACCAAGGAGCAAUGGAUGGCCAUUGCCGACCUCUGUGAGAGAAGGAAGCUGUUCCCCUUCUUUGACUGUGCCUAUCAGGGCUUCGCAACUGGCAACUUCGAUGAAGAUGCCUGGGCCGUCCGGUACUUUGCCAGCCGUCCAUCCAUGGAGCUCGGUGUUGCGCAGUCCUUCUCCAAGAACUUCGGCUUGUAUGGCGAGCGAGUUGGUGCUUUCCAUAUCCUGGCGAGUGACGGCGCCGUCAAGCCUGCUGUGCAAUCGCGACUUGUGCGUGUUGUGAGAUCAGAGGUUUCCUCCGGCACAGCAUUCGGGUCGAGGAUCGUCACUAUUGUUUUGGGCGAUGAGAGCCUCAAGCAGCAGUUUCUGGAGGAGAACAAAGCUAUGAGCUCCCGUAUAAAGAGCAUGCGGGCCGCGCUUUUGAGGGAGCUUGAGCUGCUAGGGACUCCGGGAAACUGGAGUCACAUCACAAGUCAAAUUGGAAUGUUCUCGUAUACGGGCUUGACUGCGCAACAGGUGCAGAUUCUACAAGAGAAGCACCAUAUCUUCCUCUUCUCUAGUGGACGAGCAUCGAUCUCGGGAUUGAACUCGACCAACGUGAAGCGGGUGGCCGAAGCCAUUCACUCAGUGGUUGCAGAAGUUGAUCACAACUUAGGGAUCUGUAGUGACCCUGCCAGCACUUAUGUGAAGGGCUUCAUUCAGGCACACAAACAAGUCUCAUGA